AUGAAAUCAAUUCUACCAGUUGAGGAACAUAUCAAGAUAGACGCAGCAAGGAGAGCUGAGAAAGAAAGGCUCAAACAGGAGAGUCGUGAAAGAUGGUUGAAGUCCCUGGAACAAAAGAAAGUGGACGAAUGGAUCAUCGACACUGAGAAAGAGAUAACAGCCGAGAAUCUGAAGAAGAUGGCAGACCAAGUUCUAAUGGCAAAAGCACUUGAGGUAGAUUCCAAGUCUGCUUCUAGUUCUGAGUCAUCAGGGAAGGUCAGUAGUAGUGGUUCGGAAAAUGAAUCAGGUAAGGCUGAUUGUGCUAAAACAGAAAAUGUUUGUAGAUGUUGCACGAAAGAGUGCAAAGUCUGCAACACACAUACAUAUCUCUCAAACAAAAGAAUCCAGGAGCUGGUUGAGAAAAUUGGUAAAAACGAUAAAGAAAUUCUAAGUCGAGAUAAACUGGUUAAAGCUUCAAGUGAAAGAAUCAAAGAAUUAAGUGAAAAGAUUGAAAAAGAUAAAAGUGAUGUUGAACAAAAUUUUGACAAGUUGAAAAGAUCAGUAAAAGAUUCAGAUGGACGUAACGGUAAAACUCAUAAAGAAAAUACCCAUUUAUCAGGAGUUCUUCAAGCGAAAGAAAAACUGAUAAAUCAGCAACUGGAUGAGAUCGCAAAUCUUAAGCUUCAAUUCCUAGAAGCUAAGAUAGAAAAUGAGAGAAUAAAUUUGAAGUUGAACAGCUAUAACUCCGCUUGCUUUGUUCUUCAACACAUAGUUCCCAAACCAAUUGGGAAGAACAAAGCUGGUGAGGAUGUUUACUCAGAUGGAACAGGGAAAAAAUCUGGGUUGGCUAACGAAUCUGAAACAAGUGAGAAAACAGAUGUUGAAAAAUUGCUAGAAAGUAUUGAUGUCACAUUCACUUCACAAUCUGAUGAGGACAGUAUUCAAUAUGAAGUUGUGAAAAAUGUUGUUGAAAAUGUACUAAAAUCAGACAGUGAUUCCACAGAAGAGGAUGAAUAUUUUCUAAACAACAACAUCCCGAAACUUAAGUCUCAAGACAACUUAAGUGACGAAUCGACUCUUGUCAUGUACAAGAUGAACGGACCUGAUAAGUUGUACUCGGAUACUGAGUUUUUGAUUGAGAAUGUGAAUGUGGAUAAGCUGAAGAAAGUUUUCAAACUUGUUGAAGUAAAAGAGUUAACAAGUUCCAAAAGGUUUUUGAACCUUGAACGUGAUAAAUCUUACUACAAAAAACCUGUUGUGCCACCACGUUUUAACAGAAACAACCAAAACAGAUGGUCGGGUGGAUAUCAGGGUGGUAAGAAUUACCCGAAAAGGAACUUUCAGCAACAAAAGUUUGUUGAAAAGAAAGUGUUUGUGAAGAGCUCAAGCUCAAUUUCCGAGCAAGAAUCGGAAAUCUUUUCAAAAACGAAUGAAGAAUUUUUUUUGCUAAGAAGGCCUCACAGCCGCAGAUCGAAAGGAAAAUUCGGGAUGUUGACACCCGUACUUGCUUCAAAUGCAACCAAGUUGGAGACAUUGCACGAAAGUGUACCAACUUGA